GGACUGUCUCCAGCUGCCGCGCAGCAAUAGCGACCCGCCAAUCCUGUCAAGCUGCCGGCCGGGACACCCAGUGAACUGCCGGGAGGACUGCACCAGCAGCCGGGUCUCGGGAGUCGUCCAUCUGAUCACACUCUACGGACUAACCUCUGUCUCAGCUGGAUGGAAGCGGACGGGUUCGUUUCCAUGGAGACAGCGGUAGUGGACAGCCGGGUAUCAGGCGCUGCAGCCGGAGCAGAGCUCCGCUGGCUGGGCGGCAGGAUGCUGGACACCUCGGGGGGGUUCACCGGCUCUCUCUCAGCGGAACAGGACUUCUCCUCUCCGGUGAAGCACCGAGCAGCUCCGGACAGCUUGACCUCCUCCUCCUUGGAGCAGGAAGCGGACUAUGAGGGUCUGCCUCAGGGAGCCGCUACCAGCACUCACAUGCUGGCUGGAUCUGUAGCGGGAAUCAUGGAGCACUGCCUCAUGUACCCGGUCGACUGCGUCAAGACCCGCAUGCAGAGCCUGCACCCUGAGCCAGGAGCGCGCUACAGGAAUGUGAUGGACGCCCUGCGGCAGAUUGUGCGGACGGAGGGCGUGUGGCGGCCGAUCAGAGGUGUGAAUGUGCUGGCGGUGGGGGCGGGGCCCGCCCACGCUCUCUACUUUGCGUGCUACGAGAAGAUCAAGUUCUCGCUCAGUGACGCCAUUCACCCUGGAGCCAACAGCCACUUUGCAAAUGGAGCGGCGGGCUGCAUGGCCACAGUGCUGCACGACGCCGUCAUGAACCCAGCCGAAGUUGUGAAACAGCGAAUGCAGAUGUUCAACUCUCCGUACCGAGGCGUGCUUCACUGUAUGGGGUCUUUGUUGAGGCACGACGGCCCGGCCGCUUUCUACCGCAGUUACACCACCCAGCUGACCAUGAACGUGCCCUUCCAGGCGCUCCACUUCAUGACCUACGAGUACCUCCAGGAGCUCCUCAACCCCCACAGACAGUACAACCCUUCCUCCCACGUCGUGUCGGGCGCGCUGGCCGGAGCCCUGGCCGCCGCUGCCACCACUCCCCUCGACGUCUGCAAGACCCUCCUCAACACGCAGGAGGCUCAGGCCAUACAUGUGAUCCAGGCCGAGUCCGCGACGGCAGCCGGAGCCGUCGGAGCGGCCGCCGCGUCGGCCACCGGCAGCCGCUACAUCUCCGGUCUUGGCGAGGCUUUUCGGACGGUUUACAGGAUGGGUGGCGUGCCGGCCUUCUUCAAAGGCGUCCAAGCCCGGAUCAUCUACCAGAUGCCCUCCACGGCCAUCAGCUGGUCCGUCUACGAGUUCUUCAAAUACAUCAUCACCAAGCGGCAGCAUGAGAGACGGCUGCGUGGAGAUCGGGACGGCGACAAAUAAACACCCGGCUGUAGGAUUAGGUAUCAGAUAUCAACACAAAGGUUUAAUGAUCACGGUUAUCCGUAUUGAUCACCAAACAUCUGAAGGUUUCAAGAGCUCCAGAAUUUAAGAUUCUUUGAGCAAAAUGUAAUUUAGUUUCCGGAGAUGUAUGAAGCACGUCCUGAUCUGUUUCCUAGCAGGUGAGGACAGGUCAUGAGUAUUUCAUUAUUAGAUGAGGAGAUGACGAAAUGUCCAUCAGUACCCAUCGGUAAGAAAAGGGCCUUGAAUUAACUGACAGGAAGUUCUCUAAACUCGCCCAACUAUAACCUGACGCUUUAACUAUUUUUCAUUUUAGUGUUCAACUUGACAAACUGUCUGUGUUGGCUGUGAAAAAGCUUACUAUUCAUGGAGCCUGGUAACGCACAGUAACACAGUAAAAGCAAAGUUGAAUUUGGCCUUUUGAACAAAGAAUUGCUCACUUCCUCUCCUUCCUCUUGUUAGUGUUGAGACAGUUUAGUUUUGGCCCUGAACUCAAGCACAUUGGAUUAAAGAAAACAAUGACUCUGAGGUUAAAGAGCCGACUUUGAGCGUUGAUUUGCUGGUGUUUACGUUCACUUCCAAUGAAGUGUGUAGAAACUGUAGCAUGUUUUAUACAUACCCCCCAAAAGGAUGAAAAGGGCUAGAGAUCCUACUUUAACCUCAUAGUUACAAUGCACUGUGUUUGAGUACAGAGACAUCCCUAUUCAAGUACUUAAAGCUGGGGAGGCCGUUUGUUUUUGGUGUUAUUGGGCAAAAAUUUCACAAGAACCUUUUCAGCAUAUUGUGAGUCAAGUGGUAACUCCUCUGGGGAGGCAGGUUUCUGGAGAAGUAAAAAAAAAAAUGCCAGCAUUUCAAAAUCCAGCCGGCAUCCUGCAGCUCUCCUGUCUGUCCUCAGCCCCUCCCACCAGACGAGCACGGGCACAUGCACGCGCUUCAUACAGUAACGAGUACUAGUCAUUUCAAACAUCAUCCCGAUUGUGAUCCCGAUGCCGUCACAUAGCGGCAAUUCCAGGAGAACUACCGUCCUGGUUUCUUUGCAAACUUGCGAUGACACACUGUGAUUGGAGGCUCUGACGAUAUCGGAGAUGGAGAGAAAGUGUUGCUAAUUGUUCAGCCUUCUGCUAACCGUAGCCGUCAUGGCUGCUCCUUAACUAACUUAACUUAACUCUGUUCCAUGCAUAGAUGAACCGCUAUCUGACCUGAUGUGUUUUAUCAGAGACUCCUGGUCUGUUUAUCAGUCAGGUAGAGAAAGAAGGAUCAGACGUGUUGCUGGUGUGAGUUCAUCCCAGCAGGAAACACUCAGACAUCGUAGCUUCAGAGAGAGAGACGUCACUACCACACUUUACGGUGUGUCGUCUUUCUAAAGACGUAUUUUCACAGUCUGAUACUUCAACAGUUUAACAACAAACUGAGACUUUCUGGAUUUGCAAAAUGAUCUUUUAAAUGUACAAACAUCAGACGUGUGAUUCAUGGACCAAUUCAAAAAUAUUCAUCUCUCCGUUGACUACCGCUCAUACUUUUUCUGAAAUAAGGUCCACCGGAAGGGGCGGGACUUUGGCUCUCUAUUAGAGAGAUGGAGAGAAAAUGAUGCUUUCACCGGGCAACUACUGCUUUAGCUACCGUAGCCGUGAGGCUAGCUCACAGCGCUAGCCGCAGCCGGGAGCAGCAGGCUAUUAGCUAACUGUUUUCUCUCCAUCUCUGAAACGCUUCGCCGAUAUUGUCUGACUCUUUUUGAUAAGUCCAUCUUUUUUUCUUUUGGGGGGGUUGCUUUGCGGUGUAGAAUAGCAACUUCUCCUGCAGGAUAUUCCGCCGUUGAAUCAGGCUUUCACCGUCUGAAGGGUCGUGCACGCACAUCUGUAUUUGUAGAACAGCCAAUAGGAACGCUCUCUCUCUCUGAAAUGACCUGUGAUUGGCCAAAGUCUUCCGUCGCUGGCUAGAUGUUCUAAAGCUUGAAAAGAGAUUAAAGAGGAGUUCUACAUUUCUGAAAGUUUCUUGAAAGGUUAUUAUUGAAUUUUUGUCCAAUGAUGCCAAAAAUAUCCUUCCUACCCCCCCGCUUUAAGACAUGUUGCCCUUCUGGAAAGUAUUACUACCAUAUGACCUUCUGACCACAGGGGGGCGCUCAGCUCCACUGCUAAACAAUGUAGAAACAGCUGGAGGGUACACCAUCAGCAAUAUCAGAUGAGUUAGAAUACAGUAACUCAGAGGAAGGAAGGUUAGUUAGGAUUUAAACUACUCAAGUAUUCAACACUUGAGUGGAUGUGAUGUAUGAGUGUGUGUGUGUGUGUGUGUUACAGUGACUGGAUGAGUGGAAGUGGACUGGAUCAAUUUCAUAGAGCUCAGCAGCGACUGACCAGAUUUGAUCUCAUCACAGCCUCACUGAGCAAAAUAACGUAGCUCUUUUUUUCCUGGUUAGCACCAGAUCACAGAUUUCUUUGAAGGACAACAUGAAACUUUAACCGUAACAUGUUGUGGCUUCAGUAUCUUUGCACCGGCUGCUUUCUAAACCACGCACAUGUGAAGGAUUGUCACUGGGUCUAGCCGUUAGAGUGGUGGUGGUGGUGGUGGUGUUCUCAUGCUGUGGUACAUUUUAAAUUUUAAACAUUUUGAGUCCUUGGUUAACAAAAUAUAAACUUGAAAUGUUCCUGUUUCACUCAGCAACGUGUUUAGAAACGAAGGAUCCUUGUUUUUAUUUUAAUACAUAUACAGUAUGUAGAAUUACGGACAGAACCAAACCAACAUGAGUAUUCACCUUUUAUGUUUAGUUUCAUUAUUAUUAUUGUUAAUACGCACAGCAUCCGAGCACUUAACAGCAACUUCUUUGUCAUUUUUAGGACAAAAAAGUAACGUUGACAUUAAAACAAGUACACAGAAUAAAGUAUUACUUGUACACACGCCUUCAGUUAGCCGCCACACAUCCAACGCACACAUCCUCGGAUAUAGAGGUGUAAUAUUGUGUUCUGAAGCCAUAAAAGAAAAUUAAAUUGUACAUAAUAUAUAUUAUAUAUAAUAAAUAUGGACAAAUAUGUAGAUCUGCCCAAACUCUCUAACCAGCUACGUUUUGAAGCUAACCUGUAUGUUGAAUUAUACAAAUAUCAAACUGCAAAGUUUUAUCAAGACUGUGCUGUAAGAAUUCAGGUGUUUGUAGAAAGUCUACAGAAUCUUCACCUGGAAGGUAACAGCAAAGGAAAAGCUGGAUUAUUCUAAAUUCGGACAAACCAUACAAGUAUGAAAUGCAUAAAGAGUAUUUAAAACUGAUUGUAGGAGUGUUGCUCGUGUGACGCCAAGUUUCAAGGUUGGGAAACCAAAGACAGAGCGAUAUAGAGAGAGAGGAAGUUGUGGUUUGUCGGAUGACGACACUAAUGUGAAAUGCUUGAAUGCUGUUUGAGAGCAACACCUGUAUUUUGUGAAUUGUAAAUAAACUCGCUAAGGCAGCUCCUCGCAGAAGCAGGGUCUUCUCUUGGUGCUGGCUCUCGAAGCGCUGAGAGAAAUC